UUCAUGUUGGCUUCAGUUCAUCAGCCAUGGACAGAACUGUGCUGCUGCUCAUGUUGUGUCUGCAGGCUUUCCUGCUCACCACAACCUUCACAUCUGCUGAUGAAUCCACUCCGCUGAAGUACAAACAACAGUCUUCUGAUCUGGUCUCUGUGGACAAACGGACAUGGCAAUAUUGCUGCAGAUUUUGCCCCCUACCAGGACAAUAUGGCUUCCCGAUUAACGUGAAAAAAAAAAAAACAAGAUAUAGCCGCCUCUGUAGUGACCGAAUAGGCGGAUGUGGACCCAUGGAAAAGGUUAACGUGGAAAAACGAACUUCAGAGAACAGAGAUACAGAUUCCGCCAAGCCAGGAGAACAUGCCUUCCCGGUUGAGGGAACCAUCAUGCUCACCAGAGAAAGGAGAGAAGACGAAACUCAAACAAAAAAAAAGAGAAGCUAUGACGACUGUAGUGUUCUAUCAGGCGGAUGUGGACCCAUGGAAAAGGUUAACGUGGAAAAACGGACAAGGCAAAAGAUAUAUUAUUGCUGCAGAUUUUGCCCCCUACCAGGACAAUAUGGCUUCCCGGUUAACGUGGAAAAACGAACUUCAGAGAACAGAGAUACAGAUUCCGCAGAGCCAGGAGAACAUGCCUUCCCGGUUGAGGGAACCAUCAUGCUCACCAGAGAAAGGAGAGAAGACGAAACUAAAAUAAAACGAACAACCACUCGCCCCCCCUGUAGUGACCGAAUAGGCGGAUGUGGACCCAUGGAAAAGGUUAACGUGGAAAAACGAACUUCAGAGAACAGAGAUACAGAUUCCGCCAAGCCAGGAGAACAUGCCUUCCCGGACCAGUAGUUUCUUGGCUUACUUGACUGGAGGACCAGGGUGCUGCACUUGUCUUUGCUCAUAAAUCUGCAUCUGCAAUAAAAAAAAAAAAAAAGCAAAAAUGCUGCAUAUUUUAUUGUUAAGGUUACACUGUGAUUUUCAGUGACAAAAACUUACUAAUGCGACAGUCUAAAGGCUCUAAAAAGUAACUCGAUGACCUGAACACAUCACUGCUCAUUUUUCAUUAAAUAUCAAGAGCAGAUAUCUUUCUCAGAAAAUAGUGAAUGUGCAAAAAUAAAGAGUCAACAGCAUUUGUUCACUGAAAUUACAGAAGUUAAAUAAACUGCCACUGUGUUGAGGAGGGGAAGUAAAUUUGUAUUAUCGUGCUCAUGAAUGUGCACUAAUUAUUUAUGUUAAUUGUAAAGUGUGUGGGUGUACUCCAUGUUGAGUGACAAUUUGGCUGUUUAAUAUAACUUUUUGUGUUUAUGUGGAUUUAAGAAUGUGUGUUUUCUUGCAUGUUCACUACAUUAAUCUGCAUUAUAUUGGACUUAAAGUAGUAAUUCAUUGAUUGAAACUGUAUUGAUUGCUUCUGCUCCAUUGCUCAUUGUUAGUUAUUAAAGCAGUUUGAUAUCUGUUGGUUAAAACAAUUUUUUUUGUUCUUUAGAGAUACAGUGAUGAUGCGUAUAAAUGUCUGGUUUUGCCAUGAAAAAUAAUGGCAUUACCUAUGAGUCCAAGUGCUGCAUAAUGUGACCACAAGAUGGAGUCACUUUCAUUUUUUUAACAUCGAUAGUUCACUUUGUUUGCUUUGGAAAGAAAUAAAGAAAUAAAUAUCCACAA